UGUAAUAUGUACUAGAACAAGUUACUUAUGUGAAUAUUAAACGAACGAAAUUUUAAUUGAAAUUAUGGAAAAUUAGAAACUAGAACGGAAACCAUUUUUGUGAUAAAUCCGAAAUAAAGUGUGGCACCAAAAUGACUAAGAAUAAGCAGAUAGUCAUUCAAGAUGCUUAUGAAGAAACGACUCCAAGUUCCUGUUCGUCAUGCAAUUUGGCUCUGAAAUAUACGUUUUUGACGGUCGUAGUUGUUUUUCUAUUCAUCUAUCUGUCGGUUUUUCUUCGUUUCACUGACGAACUGGGAAAAACAGAAGCAGAAGAUACAAAUCCUAAUCAUGUGCCGGAUGACGUGAAAAUGGAAAAGGUCGCCUAUGAGACAGACUUUUUCGCUCGAGUGAAAGAUAUGUUCGAAAAUCGGAAGAAACGCGAAAUUGACUUUUACGACGCUGAUGAUAGUGAAAGGGUUUCAGUGUUCAAUUACAUCAAGGACUCUGCGCCUGGUAAAUGUAAGGCGUCAACUGGGAAGCGAAGCAACGAAGCUAUAAAGAAACGUAGGAAGCGAAACGUUUACUCAACAUCGCGAAAACACUUAAACAGCGACUUUGUACGGGAUAGACGACGUGCCGAACAAGAGUUGUUAGAACUGCAGCAUAAGUACAUGCAAUGCAGUAAAUAUGUUGGAGCCGGUGCUGAGGCGUGCAUCGAAAUUUAUGACAACUUUCAGAAAUUGGUGAAAGAAGUCAAUGAGAAAUUCCAUCGAUUCAGUUACGAUAAUUUUGAAGCACCUACCAACGCGGAAAAGGAAAGCGAAAAGAUUAAAAACAAAAACCUGGACAUUGCUCAACGAACAAAUGAACCAAUACGGCCGAAGCAGCCUUCCCCAGUGCCCAAUAUUCAAAAAAAUAACGAAAAUGUUGGACAGACCUACUUCGGCGAUGGUGUCUAUUCGUACAGUUACAAUGAAAUUCCCAGGUUUCACGAAGAUUUACAUGGAAACUUCGACGGCCAGCAAAGAAACAACAAAGAAACGAUGUUUCGAGACGAUAUGAUUCCUCUUCAGAGAAUUGAUACGAUGAAGAGCAGCAAUGACGCCAAAAGUAUUAACGUCAAGGUGCCAGAGCCUACAGGUGCCAGUGGACCGUUCUUGUCUCUGUGCGAUCAAAUAUCUCGUCAAAGUUCACAGGUUCCGCCAUCAGGUGUCUCUUACUUCAAUGGCCCUCAAUUCCAAACUAUUCAUCAUGUGACGGGUAGAGGACAAUUACCACUAACCGGUGAGCAUGUCAAAGCUGCAGCAGUUGUUUUACAGAAUCCUGGCUAUAGCUUCUCAACGAAUCCAGUUUGUUUCUAUCCAGGUCAAACGGCUCAACAGUUUCGUGUGGCUCAUCCGAUGUUUAGCGUUCAGUCUCCAAUGAUGCAGACUGCGGGAGUUUUCCGGUUCCCGAAAAAGAAUCCAAUCGAACCAAGAACACAUCAGCCAGGUGUAGUAUAUGUUCCAGCCAAUUCACCAGGCAUCGGUUCGCAAAUCGUUCAACAGGGAAUAGCCGAUCAAGCGACGAUCAUGCGAUUUAAUCAACCGUCCAACCAACCAUUGUAUUGUACAUAUCUUCCAUCGGAACUGCCACAAGUGGGUCGUCCGAUGGGCCACUAUCGUAACAAUGAUCACGGAAUUUACGACAAUGAAUCGGAAGAAGAGAGAAAUGCGUACAAUAUUCCAUCCGAAACUGAUAUCAUUUAUGCAUCGUACGCCAACCAAGUAAUGGCUUUCACGAAUCGUACAAUUGCGAAUAUGCAGAAUGCAUGUCAGACUGGCUAUAUCGCCUGUUUCGGAUCGAAUCAGUGUAUUUUGAAGAGUAAAUGGUGUGAUUCGAAAGUAGAUUGUUUGGACAGCAGCGACGAGUCAGCAUGCUCAUGUAAAUCUCGGUUGAGCGAAGAAAAGAUUUGCGACGGCUAUGUCGAUUGCCCGAUGGGCUCGGAUGAAAUGGGAUGCUUUGGUUGCGACAAAUUCUCGUAUUCCUGUUACUCCACCGUAGAUGAAUACAAUGAUGCACAGCAUUCGUCGUUGAUGAUGUGCUACACGAGAACCGAGAAAUGCGACGGGUUUGAGAAUUGCUUAAAUGGGAAGGAUGAACAGGACUGUGGCAUGAUAACAAGAACGAUUGGAGAACAGCUGUCGUACAUGGUGUCGUACACAGAAGGCUAUCUGCAUCGAAAUUUUAAGGGAGUAUGGUAUCCUGUUUGUGACAAUCCUGCGAAAUGGGCAAGAGAAGCAUGUGCAGCCGAAUGCGGACCGUUGCAAGGAGAGCCGACACUAACAUAUCUCCCUGGAAAUAUUCCUACACCGUACAUUCGCCGGUCAUUGAGAAGUAGAGAUGACCUGCCGGAAAUAAUGGAAUCAUGUCCUCUCGGACCCAACAACAAAAACGUAGUUCUUCAUGUCAAGUGUCCACCUAUAAAGUGUGGUCUGCAGCAGCUGAUUUUCAAAACUAAACCGAUGUUGAGAGUGCGAGAAAAGCGUAACAUGGCAGAACCUCCACGCAACAAGAGAGCUGAUGACCGUGUGGUCGGCGGAACAGACGCUGAUCCACUGAUGUGGCCAUUUAUUAUUGGCAUGUAUCGCGACGGUCACUUCCAUUGCGGGGGAAUUAUACACAGUGAACUGUGGGUGAUAACGGCUGCUCAUUGUGUGGCAAAAUACAAUCACUACUACUACGAGGUCAGAGCUGGAAUGCUUCGUCGGUUUAGCUAUUCGCCAAUGAGCCAAACCGUAGCUGUAGCAUUCGUUGCCGAACACGAAAAUUACAACCGACUCGACAUGAUCAAUGAUGUUGCACUGCUCAAGCUGGAGAGUCCCUUAAUAUUUAAUCGUUGGGUGAAACCCAUUUGCAUGCCAGCCCCGGGAAGAACGUCAGCAUCAGUUAAUGGUGAUGACUGGAUUUGGGGACCGACUGCAGGCACAAUGUGUAAGGCUGUGGGAUGGGGAGCUAUUCGCGAGAAAGGACCUGAUCCUGAUCAACUUCGCGAAGUAUCUGUCCCCAUCAUUGGUCGAUGCAAACACGCUAAGGACCGAGAAGGUGAAGAGAUAUGUGCUGGAGAAAAAGAAGGAGGACGAGACGCAUGUCAAGGUGACUCAGGCGGACCUUUAUUCUGCCAAAGUGUUGUGGAUCCAAGUGAAUGGUAUCUGGCUGGUAUCGUUAGUCAUGGUGAAGGUUGUGCGCGACCAAAUGAACCGGGAGUAUAUACACGAAUUGCUUUGUACCUCGAUUGGAUAAUAUCGAAACAACAAACGGUACUGACCCAACGACCGAAGCAACAUUGUCCUGGACAUCGAUGCGUAUGGGGUGGCGGAUUGUGUAUAGCAAAAUCCAAGCGUUGCAAUGGAGUUGUCGAUUGCUUGGGAGGAGAAGAUGAACUUCAGUGUGGAUCGAGAAGUUUUCUGGAUGAUACGCUCGGAAUGAAUAUCACAGACGAUGGAGUGCAAGGCGAUGACCCUAGCAUAGAGGAUAAUCCUACUAGCUCAGACGAAACGGUGGUCGAUAUUGACGGAAAAACUGUUUUCAACAAAAAACCAAUAGAAAUCGAAGAGCCUGAUUCGCCUGAUGUUCCAACAACGGAAUUACCAGAGUCAUCUGAUCUCCCAACAACGGUAUUACCACAGGUGCCAGAGCUGCCAAAUCUACCGGAAAUACCAGUACCUCCGCAGUUACCAGAACUUCCGGAUAUACCAUUACCUCCAAAAAUACCAGAACCUCCGAAGUUACCGGACCUUCCAAAGCCUCCUACAUUACCAGAAAUUCCGAAGCCUCCGAAGUUACCAGACUUUCCGAAGCCUCCGGAGCUACCAGACCUUCCGACUCCUCCAGAGCUACCAGACCUUCCAAAGCCUCCGAAGUUACCAGAUCUUCCGAAGCCACCAAAGUUACCAGAUCUUCCGAAGCCACCGAAGUUACCAGAUCUUCCGAAGCCACCGAAAUUACCAGAACUUCCGACAUUACCAGAGUUGCCUAAGCCGCCAAAACUACCAGUACCUUCAUUUAUUUCUCCACCAGUUACACCACCCGUUGACGCCACUACUCCCACUCCUAUUUUCGACGUUUCACCGACGCCAACUUUCUUGGACAAAGAUAAAUUUAUCUGCACACAAAUAAACCAGAAAAUUCAUAUCGACAACCGUUGUGACAUGUUUAGGGAUUGUGAGGAUGGAUCUGACGAAGUCGGAUGUAGUUGUCGUGAAUAUUUGAAGCAUGGCAAUGCGGAACGUAUAUGUGAUGGAAAAGUGGACUGCCUUGAUUUAACAGACGAACAAGACUGCUUGACCUGCUCGGAAAACGAGUACGCUUGCCUGUUAUCGAAGAAGUGCAUUCCCAAUCACUCAAGAUGUGACGAUCAGUAUGACUGCGACCUGAAAGAAGAUGAACUCGAUUGUUAUGCACUUUGUGAUGGUAUCACCGUUGUUUUGGAUGUAAAUACGAGACCCGUCCUGAACAACAAAGGUAUCGUCAGCAAAAAUACACGCGGUGAAUGGAACAUAAUGUGCGGAGAUACGUUGAAUUUGGACGAAAAUGGCGCUACGACCGCCGGUCAAAUUUGUUCGCUUCUUGGAUUUAGUGGCUACAGCUUCUUUAACCUGACGAAAGUUGACACAGAUGCCGUUGAAAUUGAAAUUAGAAGACUUAAAAAACGGCAUCCAAACGACAUAGAAAACGAGGUCGACAGCCAAUACGAAUGUGUGGGAAAUCCACAACAGUGCACAGCCCUCUACGUGGAAUGUGAACCACACUCGAAUUCUCUAAGACCUCAUCAUACCACAGUCGUUGAUUCGAAAACAAUUUCCUCGCUGAUACCAUCAAAGCCAAUCAGUCCAAUCACAUUCGAGAAUGCAAAACCACCCCCACUAAAACCGAUAAUUCAGCCGAACAAGAAACCAUCGGUUCUAUCGAAUGGAACGAAAAUUCCAUCCGCACCGAGCACAAUUGAAGACCAUCAUUGGCCGUGGAGCGUUGAUAUUUACGUUGAUGGCAGACUGGUGUGUAUCGGGGUUUUGCUGGACAAUACUUGUGUGGUAACGGAACUGUCGUGCAUGAAUUCGGUUAAUUUGGAAUUUGACUAUGUGACGGUAGUGGUUGGAAAGUCGCAGGCUUUUAUGAACGUAGUCGGACCGUAUGAGCAAGUUCAUCGGGUUUCGUGUUUCGUUAAAAUGGGAAGUGGUAGUAACGGCGUGCUACUGUUUUUGGAAGGAAUGGUACGUUUCAAUCGAGAAAGUUUGCCAACAUUUUUACUGGAAAGAACUGACUUAGGUCGAUCCGGACAAUGUUUCGCCUUGUCGCACAAUAAAUUCGGAAAAAUGGUUUCUCUCCAGCUGAUCGAAUCGGACAAAGAAUGUUUCGAUAAUUUCAGAUGCUUUACGAAUGGUCGGAAUGACCACAGUUCCGCCGAUUUUCAUUGUGAUGGCGAUGAAGUUACACAAGGUGGAGUGGUUAUGUGUAGCAUAGGUGAACAUGGCUACUAUCCGAUUGCAUUCUAUAAAGCCAGGAAAGGUCUUUGCAGUUUCGAUAAAAUCCUUCCCGUUCAAUCUUUAGAAUCUUCCUAUGAAGCGAUUCAGAUCGUUAUUAACAAUCAAGCGAAAUACUGUAUCAAUGUUCAUCAUCCACCCGUAUGCAAUGGGCAUCGGUGCUUACUUGGUGCUUGUCUGAAGGAAGACAAAAUUUGCAAUGGAAGAUUCGAUUGUCAGGAUGGUAGUGAUGAAAGUGAUGCGAUUUGCAAAAAUCGUAAAGAAGAGUGUAAUUUCACCGAUCUUAAAUGUGGAAACGGAAAAUGUAUUUCGAAAACCAAGUUCUGUGAUCAUGUCAAUGACUGCGGAGAUUUCACCGAUGAGCCCACAGAAUGUUCCUGUUACACGUACUACAACGUAACGGAUUCAUCAAAGAUUUGUGAUGGAGUGCGCAAUUGCUGGGACAAGAGUGACGAGAAUCCGGCUAUAUGCCACUGUCGUGACAACACAUUUAAAUGCGGAAGCUCCAACCUGUGCGUACCAAAUGACUUCGUUUGCGACAAAGAAAAAGAUUGCCCUGGCGGUGAAGAUGAACUGUACUGUCACGGUUUGGAAUAUCCAGAAGUGAACCAUGACGGUUACGGUCAGGUCAUCGAACAGACAUUCGGUAUCUGGCACACUAAAUGUUUCCCCAGACCGCAUCUACCGACCGACGCAGAUGUAGCCGAAUUAUGCGUUGAACUGGGAUACCAUCAAAAUAAACCGUCCUACCGAUUGAUCGACUCCAACAACUCAACUUCAGAACGAUCGACAACCGAGAGUAAAUCGAAAUACCGAUUCAAGCCAACUAAAGCGGCUGUGGUCAACAAAUUUGCCCCGCUAAGAGUGAACAGUGAAUUCACGUUGUACGUUAAGCCCAGUCGUCCUAUUGCAAAGCUGGUUAAUUGGGACAAAACUGAUGAUGCAAAAUGUUAUCGACUUGAAAUUAGAUGCGAAUAAAGUGAAAAUGAAAACGGAAGAA